CAUUUUCUUGAGCCGCCUGUCUCGGGUGCCGCCAUGUUGGUGAGGAGAAAUCACCGUUACGGCCACUGUCCAAAUCCCCGCGUCGCUGCACGCCGCCCGCCCGCCCGCUCCCACGCCACAGCCACCGGCGGCGAAUAGAGACUAGAGCGGCAGCGCCGGCAGCGCGGGGCCGUUGCCCAGUGUUUGCAGUUAGAGCCCCAUCUCUCUGGCGUGGUUGUUAAUAGACUGGAAAGUCUGUGUCUGUGUCGCUCACUAGUAACCGUGAGUUUUUACCACUUCGUCACCUGUCGGCGGCGGCCGGGAGCAGGUACCCGCAGGCGGCGCAGGGGUCCUCCCCGCGCCCCGCCGCCGCCGGCCUCGCAGACCUGCCCUCCAGCCCCGCCCCGUUCUUGACCAAACAUGACAGACUCUGAACAUGCAGGGCACGACAGAGAAGAUGGUGAGUUAGAAGAUGGUGAAAUAGAUGAUGCAGGAUAUGAAGAAACACAAGAACAGGAAACAAAAGAGGAUGAAAAGCAGAAAAAUGAGAAAGCCUACAGAAAAUCAAGAAAAAAACACAAGAAAGAAAGAGAGAAGAAAAAAUCCAAAAGGAGAAAACGUGAGAAACAUAAGCAUAAUUCUCCAUCUAGUGAUGGUAGUUCAGACUACAGCCUUGAUUCAGAUGUCGAACAUACAGAAAGUUCCCAUAGAAAAAGAAGUGGUUUCUACAGGGAUUAUGACAUUCCAUUUCCUCAGCAUGGACAUAUAUCAGGAAGCUACAUGACAUCAAAGAAGGGUCAACAUAACAAAAAAUUUAAAAGUAAAGAAUAUGAUGAAUACAGUACCUACAGUGAUGACAACUUCGGUAACUACAGUGAUGACAACUUUGGUAACUACGAUCAGGAAACAGAGGAAGAUUUUGCCAGUCAGCUAAAACAAUACAGACAAACUAAAGAAACCUCAAAUACUACUUUAGGGUCAUCAUAUUCUAAAGAACCAGGGAAAAAACAGAGAAUGAAAGGAGUUCAGCAAGGUAUUGAACAAAGGGUUAAAAGUUUUAAUGUGAGUCGUGGACGUGGUUUGCCGAAGAAAAUUAAAAGAAAAGACCGUGGAGGAAGAGCCAAUAAAGGCCCUAAUGUAUUUGAUGAUUUUCAAGAGUACAGUAAACCAGGGAAGAAAUGGAAGGUUAUGACUCAGGAAUUUAUUAAUCAGCAUACAGUGGAACACAAAGGAAAACAAAUCUGUAAAUACUUCUUGGAAGGGAGAUGUAUUAAGGGAGAUCAGUGUAAAUUUGAUCAUGAUGCAGAGUUGGAGAAGAGAAAAGAGAUCUGCAAAUUUUAUUUACAAGGAUAUUGUACCAAAGGAGAGAACUGCAUUUAUAUGCAUAAUGAAUUUCCAUGCAAGUUCUACCAUAGCGGAGCAAAAUGUUACCAAGGAGACAACUGUAAAUUUUCCCAUGAUGAUCUGACUAAAGAAACAAGGAAACUUUUGGACAAAGUGUUAAAUACUGAUGAAGAACUUAUAAAUGAAGAUGAGCGAGAAUUAGAAGAACUUAGAAAGCGUGGCAUAACUCCUCUUCCCAAGCCGCCUCCAGGGGUUGGGCUUCUGCCAACCCCCCCAGAGCAUUUUCCCUUUUCUGAUCCUGAAGAUGAUUUUCAGACAGAUCUCUCUGAUGAUUUUAAGAAAAUUCCAUCUCUUUUUGAAAUAGUUGUAAAACCUACUGUGGAUUUAGCACAUAAAAUUGGGAAGAAGCCACCAGCAUUUUAUAACAGUGCCUCACCUCCAGGACCACAAUUUCAGGGAAGCAGCCCACGCCCUCAACAUAUUUAUAGUUCUGGGUCAAGUCCAGGUCCUGGACCUAAUAUGUCUCAGGGACGCAGUAGUCCUGUGAUGCACCCAGGCUCCCCUGGACAUCACCCAUGUUCAGGACCUCCUGGUCUACCAAUGCCGCAGAGCCCACCUUUACCACCUGGUCCACCAGAAAUUGUAGGCCCUCACAAUCAAGCUGGAGUACUUGUUCAACCUGAUACACCUUUGACACUACCAAAUAUGGGUGGGGCUUACCAGUCUCCAGGCUUUCCAGGACACGUGAUGAAGGUACCCAGAGAGAAUCACUGUUCUCCAGGUUCAUCAUACCAGCAAAGUCCUGGUGAAAUGCAGCUCAACACCAAUUAUGAGUCCCUACAAAACCCAGCUGAGUUUUAUGAUAAUUACUAUUCACAGCAUGCUGUACAUAAUUUUCAGUCACCCAGUACCUCAGGUGAUGGGAUGUGGCAUGGUGAAUUUGCCCAGCAGCAGCCUCCUGUUCUUCAAGACUCACCUAACUGUGGGAGUGGGUCUGACAGCAGCAGCAACAGGACAGGCCAUGGCCCUCUACCUGCACCAGGGCUCCUCCCUGCAGUGCAGAGAGCUCUUUUUGUCAGACUUACUCAGAGAUACCAAGAAGAUGAGGAACCAACCAGCAUCCAACCUCAUAGGGCACCAAGCAAGGAAGAAGAUGAUACAGUUAACUGGUAUUCCAGUAGUGAAGAAGAAGAAGGAAGCAGUGUCAAGUCAAUACUGAAAACAUUACAGAGACAAACAGAAUCUUUAAGGAAUCAGCAACAACCCUCCAUAGAACUCAGCACUCCCACUGAUCCAAGACUUGCUAAAGAGAAAAGUAAAGGAAAUCAAGUGGUUGACCCUAGACUUAGAACUAUCCCAAGGCAAGACAUUAAAAAACCUUCUGAGUCUGCUCCACUGGAUCUUAGACUUGCGUGGGAUCCCAGGAAAUUAAGAGGGAAUGGAAGUAGUCAUGUAGGCUCAUCUGUCGGUGGGGCAAAGUUUGAUUUACAUCAUGCAAAUGCUGGUGCUAAUGUCAAACACAAAAGAGGAGAUGAUGAUGAUGAAGAUACAGAAAGAGAACUGAGAGAAAAAGCUUUCUUAAUACCUUUGGAUGCUUCACCUGGUAUAAUGCUCCAGGAUCCAAGGUCACAAUUGAGACAGUUCAGUCACAUUAAAAUGGACAUUAUCUUAACCAAACCCAAUUUUGCAAAACACAUCGUGUGGGCUCCAGAAGACUUACUUCCAGUACCUUUACCUAAACCCGAUCCAGUAUCUUCAAUCAAUUUACCUCUGCCCCCACUUAUAGCUGACCAGAGGCUCAAUAGGUUAUGGAAUACAAAAAGUGCUCUUCAUCAAAACACAGUGUCUAUUGAUCCAAAAUUAGCAGCUAAAGCCAAAAUUAACACAACAAACAGAGAAGGCUAUCUAGAACAAUUUGGAGACUUACAUAGUUCAGGAAGUAAAUUAGGAGAUCCUAGGCUGCAAAAAAAUUUUGAUCCUAGGCUUCACAGACUGCCCAGUACAGAGUCUCAUCAAAUGGUUAUGAAGGAUUCACAUACAUCAAAGGGUACCCCUCAUUUAGCCAGAUCAAACCCUGGUUCAUCACAGUCCUCAGGGGCAGGAACAAGCAAUUCUGGUCCUGGGGCUCUGCCUCCAUAUGCCCCUAAACUCUUGUCUUCAGCUGGCCUUCCACUGGGAACUCCAAGUUCAGUUCUUGGUGGUAUUAGUUUGUACGACCCUAGGGAUCAUAGUUCAUCAUCUGCAUCAGAGCUAGCAACAGUUUCUUUAGGAGAAAAUGCAGAGAACCAGAAAAAAAGUAGUGGUUUAAAAAAUAGUGACCAAAAUGAGCCUUCUCCUGGAGAAGCAAUCCUGCCACAGAAAACCACUCCAAAUGUGGAGGUCACACCUGAUGGGCCAGCUGACCCGCAGGCAGACAUUCUCAGGAGUUCUGGUAAGGUUCAGGUCCCAGCAGUGCACAGUCUUCCCAUUCAGGCAUUAACAGGCUUAAUUAGGCCCCAGUACAGCGAUCCGAGGCAAUCAAAGCAGCCAGGACAGGUGAGCCCGACACCAGAUAAUGACCCCAGUAAAGAAACAGAUGAUAAAUCUCUGAAAGAGGUUUUUAAAACUUUUGAUCCAACUGCUUCACCAUUUUGUUAGCUAUUGUGUAAUUAAGCAAUUCUUUUCACUCUUGUGACUAUUGCAGUCCUCUGCUGUUUUGUAACUCGUUUACCUCUUAUAGUUUAUUUAUUUUUAAAUUAUAAACACUUUUCAGCUGCUAGUAUCAGAACCACAUGAAGUUAUAGCCUCUAAAGUCUGUGGUAUUUUAUAUAAUAUUUUUAUAACUUUAAGAGACUGUAGGAAUUGACAUAAAAUCUUAUCAUGUUCACUUCCGUUACAUAUUUAUUGUAAAUAAAUCAUCAUGAACUCAACACUCUGCCUGAAUAUAUGCCAGUUGUCUUUCAUAAUCAAUGUUUAGAUAAAUUAUUGCCACUUUUAUAUGGUUGUUUAGUUUCAAGCAAUAUGAUGUACAUUACUUUUGAGAAACAGUAUUUUGACUAGGACCCUCUCUAUUUGUCAGCACAGAACUGAUUAAUAUGUAAUGCUAAUUGCUAACUAAAAUGUAAAAUGAAGUAAACAUUUUAAAAUCACAGUUAGCAAAGCAGUUCAUGUUUAAGGGCAUCACUUUAUUAGUAUUGGCAAUAUUAUUUGUGUAAAUGAAGCAUUUGAAUGUCAUAUCUUUUAAAAGUAUUUUAUUGUAUACUGUAUCAUAUUAUAGAAGUUGGAGAUACACAAGUAUAAAUAGAAUGUUUUGCUAAAGUAAAAAAUUCCCAAUUUCUCUAACAUAUCUUUUUAAAUUUAAUUUUUCAUAUGAAAUAGUUAUGAGUUACGACUGUGUUACAUUGUGAUGUUUAUGUAUUUCAGUGUUUUUGUCUUAAGCAGCAUAAUUUAUACUAGUUUUCAAAUGACGUAGCUGCAAUAAUUGUAUUCAUUAUGACUUCGGUGAUUUUUAACGAAAUUUUAAAAGAUCCAGUGAGAGUCUGUAGUAAUUAUUACACUGAUAAUGUUUUAAAUGUCUAGGUUCUAUAUUUUUUUCUUAAAUAGCAAGAAAACACGGAGGUUACAGGUAUGGUCAACUGUAUUUGGCUACCAAUAAAGAAUCUCUUUCAGAUUUCACCUGACUGGUGUUCUAUAAUAGAGGGGAUUAUUUGGUGUUUUAAGUAUUUAAUGUCCUCAUUGUUUGGAAGUCUCCUAAAUUGAUUAGAAAUUGUAUUUUAUGAGAAUAACUUGUAUUCAUUCUUGUGUAUUUAUUGCAGUAUAUAAAUGUCCUAUAUAUAUCAUUUAUAACUGAAACUAAGUAUUACACUGAUACUAGUAUCUUGAACUGGAGGUAUAGGACAAUAUUUGCUGAUAAUAACUCCAAUAAGUAACUUGAAGGAGCAUUUCAUUAUAAAAUGUAAUGAAAGUAGGUAAUGAAAAUCUGUCCUUGGAUGAUGAAAACAGCUACACUUGGGAAGUGAUUUUGAAAAUUAUACAGCAAAAUAUUUCUGUGGGAACCUAACACUCAGAUAGCAUAUGGUUUAUUAAUAAUGCAUAUCGUUUCUAUUCACUUCUUUACUUUUUACUUUUUUUUUAGCUUUGAUUCUGUGCUAAAAUACAAUUAAGUGAACAAGAGCUCUUCUUAAGAAGUUCAUUGUGUUCUAAGUGGAAGGACAGUUACUCAAGGGCAUGUGACUUCUUAGUGUUUACACUUCGGUUACAUUUGUCUGAUAUGGCUCUGGAUAACAUUUUUGGGUUAAAAAGUACAAUUUAAAGCCACUGUAGAAAGUAUUUUCUGAUUUACUAUCCAAACUAACUUUAUUGUUAAUUGAAAAGUUAAUAAAAUGGAUAUAAUUGACAUAAAAAGUAUCUAUAUAUAUUCCAAAGUAUAAUUUACUCUUUUGUCAGGAGAAAAUCAGUAAAAUUGCUGAAUUUUAAUAAUUAAAUCAAAAAUAUUAGCAAACUUUAAUUCAUUCAUGUAUUUUAUAAUUAUUGUGUAAUGCUAUUUACAUUUUAAACAUCAUAUAAAAAAGAUAAUUUGGCUUGUUAAAGAUCAAAAUAGAAUACAGAUGCUUAACAGAAGAUCUUUUUUACUACUAAAAAAUAUCAAAAUAUUAAAAAGUAAGGUUUAAAAGCCAUUAGUGAAAAUUAUGUAAUUAAUGUUUAUUAAGUAUUCUAGAGUUCCUGUUAUAUCAGCUAGUGUCCUAGAGGCCAUUUUACAAGAAAAUUUGGACAUAGUUUCAAAUUUGACAAUGUAUUUUAUGUAAAAAUAUUUUAUUCAUGUUUAAAAUAAUGAUUGUUAUUUAUCAUGCAGCUUUUUUAUUGAGAUAACAUUAGCUCACAGGAUGUUCUGUCAUAUCCUGUCAACAUAGAUUAUUUUAUUCUUUUUGCCUGUUUUCUCACAAAAAUUGAAUAAGUAUCCAUUUUCUCCCAAUGAAUAAGUCUUUUUUAAGGUGAACUGAUGUUUUUAGAAUCCAUGUACUCUAAAACAUGUAAUCCAUGUUUGUAGAAUCCAUCCAAAUCCUUGAUUUACGCUAUUACACAGAAAUGAAGUUAUGACCCUUUUCUUAGAAACCACACAUUUAGAGAUAACAGAAAUAAUGAGUCUUAAAUUAAGAGUUUGGAUAGGCUCAUCAAUCGAGAUGUAACUUAACUAUUCAUACUGGUUUGUGCUAGAAAUUUUAUGCCUGUUUAUUUUGAUGUUGAAUAGAGUGGGAUCAGGGUGUUGAAUUGGAAUACCUAGAAGAUCAUAAUAGUUUAGAUUAAGCAACUUUCUCAUAUCUUGGUUAGAACCUCAUUCUGAACUUUGAAAACAAAUCAAAUGUUGGAGUGAUUUCAAACUCUGUUUCAACAAUUGGGUCUGUUUUUUUAUGGAUCCUGUUUGUUUCCCAGCUGAAUGUUCUAAACCUCAGAAUUAGCCUGCACCCAAAACAGCCUCAUUGUGAAAUGAUGUUUGCUUAGGUUUCUGUUUGUCCUUUAAUUUGCCAUGGACUUUAAAUAAAUAGUGUCCCUUGCUAGUCCUACUUUUAAUUUUAAGAGUGGAAGACUAGCUGAGUAGUAAAGAAAUCCUGUAUGAACUUUCAGCUUGCUGAAAUUAAUUAGAAACAGAGGGAGAGAAGGAGAACUUACAAGGGCUAGAAAUUUAAAGACAAUUCAUAUUUUUGUUCUGAAUUGAUUUCUAGGCAGAUUAUUUCCAUAUCUAGCUCCUUAUCUAUGAAAUUGGAUUAAUUUUGAUUGAUCACAGAUUUGAUGUAAGGAGUGAAUUAUUUUUGUAAAGUAUCUGUAAAUAUAUAAUUACUUUAUAACUUUUAUGAACAUAAUCGUUACACUCCCAUUAGGGUGCAUUGAAUUGUACAAAUUCCAAAACAACAUGAUAUGGUUUGUGUAGUUUAGCAAUUUUAUGAAAUUUCUGAUAUGAUGAACACUGAAGAUGCAACAGUAGAAUUGCCUGAGAUGUUGUUUCAAUGAAUAUUAACCCAUCAAGUUAGCAAUUUCCUUAAAUAGGUGUAUGUCAAAAAAACACAAGACUUUCCUACCUUAGAGCUGUAUAGAUUUGUAAUGUCUCUUCAAGAUCUGACUUCUUUGCCCAUUUUAUACAGAUUACAUAUUGAUGGAGAGUUAAAAAUGCUAUGACAGUCCAUGUUGCAUGGUGUGUUUGUUUAAAUCAUAGCAUGUGUGGGCAAAGUAGCCAACUCAUUCAAAAUAAGGGCCAUUGGCCCUUAGAAACAAGAGAUAUAUUUACUCCCACCCUUUAAUGUAUAUUUCUGCAGGUAUGUGAUAUUGAAGACUUUCUGAGUGACCACUUGCUUGAUAAAGGUGUCAUUUGCCUUUACUUAAUGGCAACUAGAAGUUAGGAAGUUCCUAAGGACCAAAAUGUAAGCUCUUACAGGGGCUGUCAAAGUCUUUGCAUUUGCAAGAUGCAGAAUAUUAGGGUGGAGCUGUUUCCCCUGAGUUCACCCUUCUGUCCUGAGAGCUACACCUUGGAAGGCUGGUCUGUGCUGAAGGCUGUACCUCAGAGGGAGGGUCUGCAGUCAUGCAGUCCACUGAUAGGGCCCCGUAAUCUUCAAUAAUUAGCAGUUCUGUGAAUUUCUAAGAGAAAGAGUUGUAAUUAUCUUUUCAGAAAUGAUUUGGCAGUACUUGAUAAUCUUCAAAAUUAAGGCCAGUAGAACCUACAAACAUUUGUAAACUAUAAUUAGGUUAAAUAAGACUUAGUUUAGGAAAUCUAAGCCUUGACGUGUAACCAAAUAGAGUCUGUAUGUUUAAAGCUGUUUUCCUCACUUAAAGGGUAUGAUUUAGCACUAUGUAAUACCUUUUCCCCAAGCAUUUUAAUGUGAUUUGGAGAAUGAGUUUCAGUGGCUACCACUUUAUUACUGAAGUUUCGUGUUUGAGUAUGUUUUUUUAAUCAGCAGUAUCUGCCAAUUAUAACAAAGCCCUAAUUAACCUGCCUUUCUUAGAAAGGAUUCAGACCUAAAAAAGGACUUUAGGUUAAUAUGAACAUAGUACUUAUAAUUUUUAAUUUUUAAAUAAGAAAUAAAAAGCACAUUUUAGCCAUAGUUUAUGCUGGUGGAGGCAGGACCUAUAUAUAUCUCCUAAUUUUUAUAUUUCUCCAUAGCAACAAGCCUAGUUCUGGGCACACAGUACAUGCUUUCGUAACUGCUUGUUGAUUGCUUCCUGACAUUCAUGCAAAUAUAGGUUUUAUGGGUGCUAUCGUCUAUUAGAACAGAUGAGGCAGAAGCAUUCCACGACCCCAUUAGAAAGAGUGCAACUUAUUGAUUAUACCUCGUUCAGUAGACACAGAGAGCCCACCUGCUCUUUUUUUGUGCCUGCUCCCACUCCCAAGCAAUGUGAAGGCAGCGUUAUAGCAACUUUACUUAGGGGCUAAAUGUUUCUACAAUAAUUUAUAACUCUAGGAGCCCUCCAGACUUACAAGUUAGCUCUACUUACUCCAUGAUGGAAGCUUGGAUAGAUCAAUAAUUUAUUCCGUUAGAUCUAUGAAGGAUUCUUUCUGUAACCAGAAAAGGAACUACAGAGAGUCUUAUAUAUUUAUUUUUAAAUAUAUUUCUCAAUUUCCUCCUUCAUAUUUCCCUCAAAAUAGCCAAAAUGAUGAGUUCACUAAUCUAGUGAGUUAUCAGUAACAUUUAAAAUUUCUUUUACCCCAACAUCAUGAACAGUAAUUGAUCCUUCAAUUUAUGAUUUGAUUCUAAUUUUGGAUCUCAUGUCUGGUCUUUCGAUGCUCUUCAUUACCCUUUGGAAUAGAACAAUCGUGCUACUGUUAGCAAAAUCAUUGUAGGCAUAAAGAAUAUCUGUUUCUUAAUCUCAAUUAAGAUUGUGAGUUCUUGGAGUAGUAUUUUAUAGCAUUGUUUAUUCUUGGGUCUCUUCUUUUUUAAACAGAGUUUAUAAGAAAAAUGUGAAUAAACAGCUAAUUAUAGCAUUUUAGAAAAUAUCAUUCAUACUUCUUGGCUCAUUACUGAUUUUAAUACCUUUACAAGUAUUAAGUAUUAAUAAUAAAAUUUGCAUUAGCUAAUGUUUUAUCAGAUCUGAUCUGUAAUUUAUUACAAAGCAAUUAAAUAUAUACAGGCCAAUUUUUAAAAAAUUAACCAUGUUGUUCCCAAACCUUCAUUACCACCACCAUCUUGAAAUUAUUUGUCAAUGAUAGGCCAUACACUUUAUAUACUUUUUAAAUAGAGAAGGUGAAAAAUGAUAAACUAACCACUAUUAAAGGAAAGAGGUUUUAGUCCCACUCUUUAUAGGCAUUUGCCCUCCAAAUGUUUGAGAGGGAGAUCAAAUGAGACAGAAGAAUAUCUUUCCAAGAGGUAGAAUGAUAUUUCCUUAUUAAAGUGACAAUCAAGAGUCAUUUGUGUACUUACUUGCCAAAGUUUAAAAAUUUUUUUACAUUCUUUACCCUAAACCUGCUGCCCUAUCCAGGAUUCAGAAAGGGCUCAGUAUAGAUUCAGGGCUCCAGGGCCCAGGUCCUCUUGUUUUUAGUCUAGGGCUUCUGUGCCUGCAGUCUAGGCAGGGCAUCAACAGCACCUGUGCUCCAGGAUGCAAUGUGUGUGUGUGUGGUGUGUGUAGGGGUGCGGAGGAGGGGCGUCCAGACUUAUGAUAGCCCGUUUUCUAUCAGAGAACCAUCCAUGGGCUGAAAUCCAGGUUAUGCUUAUUUCAUAUGAAGUGUUUGGGUUUUUUUUCAACUUUGCAGUAAUAUUUCAGUUCCCCAAGUUGUAUCUAAAAUGCUGGGGAGAUACUGCCUUGACUAUCUCACUAUGGAAGAUUUUAGUAGAUACCAAUUUAAUAGACUAAAUUGUUAAAUUACUAUCUGUUCAAAAAAUACCAGCAAGGGGCAUACUUUGCUGAAUUGAUAAAUUAUUUUAUUAAGGACUAGCAAAUCACUUGGUAAAAUCAGGACUACCUUUUUUCCCCUUCUAAUUUACUAAUAAAUUUUGCAAUUUGCAUUCUGUUGUUGCAAGUUUCUGUAAUUUUUUUUCUGUGAUACCUUUCUAUUGUCUGAAUUUAAAUAAAAAUGUUUCUAA